ACAUGAUAUAAAUUUAUCAACAAGUGAAUAAUGACUGCAAGAACGGCAUCGAGGAAGAUCCGAUCGUUUUUCACCAUAGUAGGUGGUGGAACGGCGGUGUUUGUCGCCCAUGCCCUGUUCACUGGGAAUGAGAAGUUCUACCGAGAGGUGGCCAUGCCGUGCAUGCGACUGGUGAGUGCAGAGACUGCCCAUGUCCUGGCUGUGAAGGCUGCGUCGUGGGGGCUGGGACCGAAGGCAUGGCAGCACAGAGACUCUCCUAUACUGAGAAGCCAACUGUGGGACCGUCAGUUCAGGAACCCCAUUGGACUGGCUGCAGGGUUUGACAAACAUGGAGAGGCAGUGGACGGUCUCCUGUCCAUGGGGUUCGGCUUCGUGGAGGUGGGCAGCAUCACCCCUGAACCUCAGGACGGAAACCCUAAACCUCGCGUCUUCAGACUUCUGGAGGACAGUGCUAUCAUCAAUAGAUAUGGAUUCAACAGUGAUGGCCAUGACACUGUGUUUAAAAGACUACAAAGGAGAGCUGAGUCUAUGUCAUCCACAUCAGAAGGUGAACUCAGGGGAAUUCUGGGCAUCAACCUUGGUAAGAACAAGACGUCCCCAGACGCUGUGGGAGACUAUGUGGAGGGUGUGCAGAAGUUUGGAGCCCUGGCAGACUAUCUAGUCAUCAAUGUGUCCAGCCCUAACACUCCAGGACUCAGGGCACUGCAAGGCAGACAGGAGCUGGAGAAACUUAUUGACAAGGUACUAGAGGCCCGUAGUUUGCUGAGCUGCCCCAGAAAACCUCCCUUGUUAGUGAAGAUUGCUCCUGACUUGACCCAGCAGGACAAAGAGGAUAUUGCUGCUGUGGCUACGAGACAAAAAGGUGCUGUGGAUGGGUUGAUUGUGACCAACACAACCAUCAGCAGACCAGAGACUUUACAGAGUACCAACAAGAAGGAGACUGGGGGACUGAGUGGCCCUCCUAUCAGACACAUGUCUACAGAGACAGUCAGGGACAUGUACACCUUAACCAAUGGCCAGUUACCCAUCAUAGGUGUGGGAGGUGUGAGCUGUGGUGCAGAUGCGUAUGAGAAGAUUCGAGCCGGUGCAUCACUGGUGCAGCUGUACACAGCCCUGGCCUACCAGGGGCCUCCAGUCGUGAGCAGGAUCAAGAGAGAACUGGAGAAACUGCUUAGGGAGGAUGGUUUCACAUCAGUGACUGAAGCAGUGGGAGCUGACCACAGGGCAUCAACUCAAUCAUGACACCAAGACAAAUCCUUCUAUAUAGCUUUACCAAUAGGGUGAACAUUACGGUUAUGGGUUUAGACAGCAAAAAGCUGUUACUAUGUAAUAGCUUCCAUUCUGUAACAGGCCCACCCUUAUACACCUUCUAUCAUCAAAGUUUGCCAUGUUACAUAUGAAUCCUCCAAUACUAAAUGGAAGUGUGCAACUAACCCAUAUUGUGGUGACUGGUGAAAUAUCUGCUUUUGGCCUAAGCAUAAUGUCUCAUUUACGAAACAAAAUAUAUACAAUUCAUGUAAGAAUUUGGACAUUCAGGAUCUAGAAGGAACAGUGUAGAAAGUACAUAUCAAUCAUGUAUUAAAUAGUUUUUCAAGGUGUACGUGGUCUUUUUCUUUUCGUUCGAGAUAUUAGGCUGUAGAUUGCAUAUAUGAGUGAUUCUCUAAUUGCUGCCAAAUUGCAUGAGAUUGACUGGGCUAAAGUUACAUAAAUAAAUGACUGAUGAACCACAAGAAAAUGUGAUACAUUAUUAAAAGGCUUUUAAUGCACUGAGAAAUGUACAUAACACGUCAAGUGUAAGGUCACCAUCUUGUUGGCAACCAAGCUGUACACAAAAAGUCUCAAGGCUACCCUACCCAUCCUCCAAAAAAU